AAUCAUUAGUCCAAAACUUUUGCAAAGGAAACCAUUUUCUACAAACGGAAAACGUUUUACAAUAAAAACGACACUUUAUAUUGGACAAAUUCAGCUAAGUCUCUCCCCGUUUCGUUCCGUUUGCUUCCGUUUGGUUCCUACUUAAUAAUACACCACAGGCAAUGCUCUGACGUCACAAGUGAGUCCCGCAACUAAAUCAAGCCUAAUCGAAUUGAGGCUUUACAUAAUAUAUAUAUUAUGGUUCAAACAGUGGAUAUACUUGCCAGGACAGACAACUCUUUGUUUGGAGCCAAAAUCAUGAAAGCACAGGUGGCAGAGUAACCGCGGGACAUCGAGGCUGUUCUUUGCUGGGCACCUCCCUCCAGACUCUUUCUCUCUUUCAUCCUCCCUUUCCCAUACCCGCUUGACUUCCCUUCACUCUUCCUCUCUUUCUCCACCUGCACAUCUGUCCCUCCAUCCUUCCUUGACUCUACCUCCAUCCAGCGGCGCUGCCAUCAUGCGUCGGUACAGCUCCGAGGGGUCCCUACUCGAUAUGGAUUUCCUGCCGAGGACGAAGGUACCGCUGAAGGACCACAACUACCACAGCCGGGACGGGGAGUCGGGCACCUACACCCCCCACAAGGGGGAGGACAAACUGGAUGGGCAAACCACCUCUCUCCCCCCCACCCCCAUCAUCCUGGAGCCUGGGGCCAGCCCUGGGAGUACGACGGGGAGGGGGGAACUGAGCAAGGAGCACAGCGUCAGCGCGGAGUACAUCACAGAACUGGGGAAGCUAGAGGGUAAGGGUCAUCUGGGAGUGAUGAACCUCAGUGAAGGAUGCAGGGCGUACAGUGACGGGCAGUUGGCUCCCGCUACUACAGGCCGCAGCACAGAGAGCGUGGGCAGGGACGACCAGCCGCCGCCCUCUCCCUCGUACUCAACCUCUGGCUCCAGCACCUUCUCCUUCAAGUCACAGCAACGGUCUCACGCCAGAGCCAAGCUGUCAGCAGCCAAGCUACACCUGAAGAGCCUGUUUGGGCAGAGUCCCCAUUCGUCACAUUCCAACCUGUUUAACCCGGAACAGAAAGACAGUGCUAAAGAGCGGCGGUCUCGCCUCCCGUUGAUGCGCCAGUGGAGUCAGGUGGGCCACAGCAAGGCCAAGUUCAGCCGGGAGGAACUGGAUAAGUGGGCUGAGUCGCUGGACACCCUCCUGGCCAGUCGGACGGGCGUGUCCGUGUUUGGAGCAUUCCUUCGCUCAGAGUUUAGUGAGGAGAAUCUGCAGUUCUAUCUGGCCUGUGAGCAGUACAGAAACUCGUCCAACAACUUCAGCCUGCACAGACGGGCCAAGGAGAUCACUGCCACAUAUAUUGAGGCGGGGGCGCCGCGAGAGGUGAACUUGGACAGUAAGACCAGAGAACUAACCACACAGCUCCUACAGGCCCCAUCACACACCUCCCUGUCCCACGCCCAGAAACGCAUCUACUCCAUCCUGGAUACAGACUGCUACCCCCGCUUUCUCCAGUCCACCAUCUACCUCACCCUGCUAGGCCAGGCUGACUAGAGACUAAGGGCUCCAUUCAAUCCGUAUCGCGGAAGUUCAGAACUACAGCGCGAUUGAAAUGUAAAGGCAACGUUACUGCGUUAGUGGAGAGUACAUUCACGUUAAACGCUGCAUGCGAUGGCUCAAUCGGAAAUGACCUUUUACAUUUCAAUCGCGCUGUAUUCUAUUCUCCACUCUCCACCCUCCACCCUUCUCCCAGAGUGUACACUUGCACACUCUCUUGCAUGGAUUUAACAAUGGUGGAAAGGAAACUCCAAUCCAGUGCUUUUGAAAUCCACGAUGGGCGUGUGCAAGUGCCUUCUGGGAAAGGGUGGAGAACUGGGACCUGUCUGUCGUAGACCUGUCUGUCGUAGACCUGUCUGUCGUAGACCUGUCUGUUGUAGACCUGUCUGUCGUGGAUAUGGGGUUGGCCAGUUGCAGGAGAUGCAGUUACAUAAUGUAGAGUUAAAGAGUGUUUAAGGUUUAGUCAUUCCCGUUAAUGAGUAGGGCAUGGAACAGAACAACGUUUAAAAAAACGGAAAAUUAGAGUUCCUUAUUGGACAAGUCCAGGUAGUCCCCUCUCUGUUUCAGUCAGUUUUUUUUUCUUUAUUUGGUGCCUAAUGAACACGACCCAUCUUCUGUUAGGUUCUGUUCUGCUUAGGGUGUGAAGAAGCUUGGGGAAAUGAAAGCAGAGAAAAAAUGAUGGGGUUUGGAUUGAAGGAGCUUGCCAAGCGAUCAACAGAGGUUACGAGACAGGGACCUGUUUUUUUCCCCAUGACUUAGCGAGUGUGACCCGAGGUGGCGUGAAACUACAGAUAUCAUUGUUUGUAAUCAUUAAACAUCAUGUUUUUUUGUUGGCGUCACUCGUAGCAGAGCAGCUAAGUAGCCGAUAGGUCCCUCACGGUCCAAUGAGCACGUAUAGGAAUUCCGACAGAGUGGACAAAGGAAAAACACAUCAGGCAAGAUAACGCACUAGUUAAAAAGGAUAAAGCACUUUGUGACUUACUUAUGUAGUAGUGUAAUGCAGGUGAAACCCAAAGCAGUUCACAUUGGUAGAGGAGGGUGGUGGAGGUUGGCCCGUACAAGGAAGUAACCUAUUUAAAGAUUGCCUCAGAUAGCCUCGAGGAACUCUUUUUGAAAAAGGGAUUACUUUCAAAGAUUUCACCUUAAAAUCCCUGACGGUUUUAUUAACAUAUCAAGACAGAUCAUUUGUCGACUAGAUAAUUCAAAAAUGGUAUCACUUCCAAGUAGGCCAUCUUACAUUACAGUAACUGUGCACACAAGUAGGGCCUCGGGCAAACAAAGUUAGUGUUGGUUUGACGCUAUAGGCGGCAGGUAGCUUAGUGGUUAAGAGCGUUGUGCCAGUAACCGAAAGGUCGCUGGUUCUAAUCCCCGAGCCAACUAGGUGAAAAAUCUGUCGAUGUGCCCUUGAGCAAGGCACUUAACCCUAAUGACUAAAAUGAAGCUGUUCUUAUGUGACUGCAGUGUUCUAAACAGCAUUAGAAAACAGCCUAAUUUAAUUGGGGGAAACCGAGAGAGAGAAUCCCUUUUACUUCAUGCUCCAUUGUAUUUUAAACACCAAUCAGAAGAGAAUCCAACAGAUAAACAAAGAAUAUAAUCAUUUAUUUCAAGUGUAUGAUUUCUUUGUAUCUAGUUUUGAAUGUGGUUUGUCAGACUAUUUUUUAAAGAUCAAUAAAUGUAGAUGUUGUGUACAUGACAGCAGUCGUUGGUCAUUAAGCUGGAGCUCAGUGCUAAGUAAUGAUAAGGAAAUAACCUAUAUGCUCCAGUGCCAUGCAUUCUAUCCAAGGGGUGGAGGGGUGUGAAACCUGAUGUUAAUCAUUGCUGCUCUGUCAUUUAUCUAUUUGCUACGUAUGGAUGGUGGUUGUUGUUGACAAAUGUAUAUGUGUAUUUUAAUACAAUAAUGGUUGAAUUUAA